AUGGAUCCAUUUAAAGAGGUAGAGGAGGACUGCUGGUCUCAGAUUCAUUCGUUGGACACUUUUGUUAAACGGUCUUUUCACAUCACUGAUGAAGCCAAGCUAGACUUUCACAACAAUUAUGAGGAGUUGACGGAGACUCUAGAAGAUCUAAAGCAAGCAGUACAAAUCUCUGAAUCAAACCCGUCACAAUUCAAUCUAAGCUCAUCGGAGAUAGUCAGCAGAAAACAGAUCUUGAGCCAGUUGCAGCUGAAGAUCGCUGGACUCAAGAAUGAGUGGGAUGAAAGAGUGAAGUACCCCCAAAGGCAGAGAGAAAUCACCACCAUGUCAAAUCGAAUCAGUCAGGACGAGGAUAGAGAGGGACCAUCAAGCGAUAGUCGCAGAAUAGACAGGGAAUUCAAUCAGUUUCAAGAGCAAGAGGCGAUUCAGAAUCAGGAUCUUCAACUCGACUCGAUACACGAAACCAUGCGAAACCUUAAUCAACAAGCACAGAUGAUGGGUGGUGAGCUCGAAGAGCAAGGUUUCAUGCUUGAUGAGUUAGAUCAAGACAUGGAUACAGUUGGAAGUAAGCUCCAAAGAGGUUUGAAGCGCAUAAACUACGUGAUCGAGAAAAACAGAGAUACGGCUAGUAACUGUUGCAUAGGCGUUUUGGUAGUCGUCCUCGUGAUCCUACUUGUCCUUCUUAUUGUGGCAUGA